UGGGACGCGGAACCGUGCGACGGCGGACGCCGAUGGCGUCUGAGGCAGAAUGCCAUCCCCUGGGAAUGUUUGCAUGUGAGCUCUGUGCCUUGACAGCUCCGUACAGCUAUGUGGGGCAGAAGCCUCCCAACACCCAGUCAGUGGUCCUCCUGGAGGAAAGCUAUGUCAUGAAGGAUCCCUUCACCUCCGACAAGGAUAGAUUCCUGAUCCUUGGCUCACGUUGCAGCAUAUGCAGCAGACUGGUGUGCAUGGGCCCGGAGUGCAGUUUAUUUUACUCCAAGAGAUUUUGCCUCCCUUGUGUCCAGAAGAACAUCAGUGCUUUUCCUCAGGAAAUUCAGCAAGACGUGGAGAAGAGGAAAGUGCCAUCAAAGAAGCCCUCCAGCCAGCUUGGUUCUCGGACGUGAGUGCAACUGGUGCCAGGUCAGCGGGGCAGUACCCUGCACAGAGCUUCUGGGCCAUCCUGACUCAGGGAUGCCAUUGACCUGGAGCUACCAUGCUCGGCCUUGUUUCUAGACCAUCAGAAGCAGCAUCUGCAGCCUGAGGGAGCUGGGAUCUAGCUUCAGCAGCAACAGGGCCAGGGAGCCAUGCCAAGAACACACCUCAGAAGGCAGCCACUGGGCAGCUACCCAACCAAUCAUAGAAGAAUCCUGCCCCCCGUGCUCCCCAGCUCCUUCAGGGCUGAGGCCUCUGAGUGAGUGCUGCACAGAUGAGAGGAAAGACCUCCUUUCUCCUGACAGCUCACCAGGAGGCCUUCUGCCGGUGCUCGUGGGGAAAGAUGUCACGUAUGCUGGGGCCAUGGGGCACCCUAGGCGGCUGCAGUGAUCUCUCUAAGGAAAACCAUCGACAGCAGCUGCUUUCCUGAACCAGAGUGGAAGGGCUAGAGGGGGACAGAAUGUUUGCUUUGCAUCCCUGUGUGUUGCUUGGAAAAUGUUUUUUUAAUCUUGACCAUGUAUUUAUUAUGUUUAUGAGUAAAAACUCAAAGAACCAGCUAAUGUUUUGAAAAGUAAUCCUUCCACUGAAACAUUUGGAGACACUUAGGGCCAGGCAAUGGAUCUGGUCUCCCGGGAAGCUGAGUGAUGACUUCCAGCCUUUCCAACUCCCUCAGGCUCUGGCUCCAGCUCAGGCCGUUUCAUUCUCUCUUACCUGCCCUUGGGUCAGGAAUGCCAUGGGCUUCCUGCACUCUCACUGCCUGCCAGCCCCUUGCGUCUCAAACUCAGUCCCACCUCCACAGCCUGGUGGCUGUGCCCACAGCACCCCCUCCGCUGUGGCAUCCCUGUCCCAAGAAGCUUCCACAGUAGCAGGUGGUGUUACACUGUCUGUGAGCUUGGGAAUUCCUAGUGGCAGGAACUGCUCUGUCUUACUUUGUAACUACUGCAAAGUCAGCUGUCAUCUGUGAUGAAAGAAUGAAUAAAAAGCUUUUCAUGAC